AUGGAGCUGGGCGGCCUCCAGAGAUCUGCGACGUCUUACCGCCGCCAGGGUUCCUCCGGCCUCGUGUGGGACGACAAGCUCAUCGCCGAAUUCAGCCGCCAGGCCGACGCCGAAAGGGCUGAAAGAGCCGCCGCCGAAGCAGCCGCCUCCGCCGCGGGCGACGGCGAAGGAGGAGAUCCGUCGUCAGCGGCCCCCGAUGCCCUCACCGACACCACGAACCUCCAGGUCAAGACCGACGCGCCGCCGUCGGAGCCAGCCAAGAUGCGCCGCAGCCACUCCGCCGGCGGCCGCGCGUACCGGUCCGUGAAAGUCGCCUCGUCACCGAUUCCCAACGUCGAUCCACCUUCCCCCAAGGUCUCCACCUGCUGUGGGAUCUUCGCGACGCCCAAGCCACCCACCGACGGCCGACGGCGCCGCGGCGGCAGGCAGCAGCCGCCUCGGAAGCAGAUGAAAAAGGCAAGUAAUCGCACUUGA